GUGCUCGCGCUCGGAUCGAAUCAAGGCGAUCGCGUCGGGUUGUUUCGCGACGCGUUCGCUAAACUCAGGCGUGACCUCGGUUUCGAGCUUCACGCGCAUUCCUCGCUCUACGAGACCGCUCCGGCGUACGUCGAGGACCAGGGGAAGUUUUUGAACGCCGCGUGCGUCGGAUCUUUUCCCGACGACGUCGCGCGAGAUCCGCUGGCGCUGCUGGAUGGGCUGAAAGCCAUCGAGGCGGCGCUGGGGCGAGACUUCGGGACGCGGCGGUACGGACCGAGGCCGAUGGAUUUGGACGUCAUAUUCCACGGGCAAGGCUCGCAUUCGUGCGACAGAUUGACGGUUCCGCACGCGCGCUACGCCGAGCGGCCGUUCGUGCUGGCGCCGCUCGCAGAUUUGACGGGCGCAGCGACGGCGGCGACGACGAGCGACGCGACGACGGAAGGGCUGCUCGAGGCUCGGAGGAUUUGGGACGGCACCGAUGGAGAGGUUACGGCGAUGGAAAGUGGUGAUAUAGCGCGCGUGAUCCCGAUGAGAGACAGAUUGUGGAGCUGGGGUCGAGAGACGAUGGUGAUGGGUAUUUUGAACGUGACACCGGAUUCGUUUAGCGACGGCGGCGCGUACGACGGCGGCGUGGACGUGGCUGUGCGACACGCCAGGGAAAUGGUCGCCGCGGGGGCGACGAUAAUAGACGUUGGUGGGCAGUCGACGCGACCAGGGGCGACGAGGGUGAGUGGAGAAGUAGAGAGUUCGCGGGUGAUCCCCGUCAUACGCGCGCUCGCUCAAGCGUUUAGCGAAAGAGAAGACGUUUACAUCUCUGUAGAUACGUUUUAUGGCGCCGUCGCGAGCGCGGCUGCGGAUGCUGGGGCUGACAUCAUCAACGAUGUCAGCGGCGGAGCGUGGGACCCCGCGAUGCUACCGACGGUGGCGCGUUUGGAGAAGCCUCUGCCGUACGUCGUCAUGCAUGUUCGAGGCGAUCCGAACAGUAUGCAGAGCGCGAAGAACACGACGUACGAUGGGCACAUUUGUGACGAGGUUGGUGAUGGUCUCUUAGCGACCGCACGUCGAUGUGUGGAGUACGGUAUAGAGCCAUGGCGUCUGUGGAUUGAUCCGGGCAUCGGUUUCGCGAAGACGGGUCGAGCCAACAUCGAGCUGUUGCGAGAUUUGCCACGCGUCCGAAGCCGCUUAGCCCCCUUAGGCGGAGCGCUCAUGAACGCCCCGAUGCUCGUGGGUGCGUCUCGCAAACGUUUUCUCGGUGAGAUAUCGGGAAGGUCCGAAGCGAGCGAGCGAGACGCCGCGUCCGUGGCAGCGCUCGUCGCCGCCGUUAGAGGUGGUGCGGACGUCGUCCGAGUUCAUAACGUCGCGCUGUCCGCGGACGCCGCGCGAGUAGCCGACGCGCUGUGGCGAUGA